ACGAAGGUGGGUGCGUACAUACGAUCGCGGUAAAAAUGACGGGCGUAAUUAAGUGCAAUUCGUGUAACAUAGUCAUCGAUGAACUGUUGGCUUAUGUUCAAAAUAAAGUGUCGUUAGUGGACGAGAUAACGCUUGUGCGGAUUUGUAAGUCUGCGUUCUCCAGUGAUGAGAUCAAAAACUCGAAGUCGUUACUGUUUGACUCGAUUCCAACGGAGGCACGCAAGAUUAAUCGAAAAAGUGAAGGCAAAGAAGAAAGGGACCUGCGAGACAUUUUUAAUGUUUUUAAGUCAACGGAGCCGGACGUAAUUCCAGUAUUUGUGGCGAGAAAACUCGAGCGUCUGCCACCGAUACUAUUUAAUAGUCUGGAUUGUACUAAGCUCUUGAAAGACAUGCUCAAGUUUCAAAAUGAUUUAGCAGAGAUUAAAGGGACGUACGCGACUUUGGAGCAGCUGAAGGGGUUGAAACUCGAACUCCUAGCGAAUAAAUAUGAUACGUUACCAUCGACACCUAUUUGUAACGUUAAUAAGAAGCGAGGGGCUGCCUGCUGGGCUUUGGAUACUAUGGAUAGUGGACCUGUGGGCAUUCUGCAGUGCAAUUCGAUGCUGGAUAGCUAUCAUGAUCGGGAACAAGCAUCAAAGAACGGUCACCCGAAUAAAAACAUUUGGGAGGUAGGCGCGCAAAACACGACAAACGGGUCAGCAAUUCAACAACCGUUAUCGGAUGAUAAGAGCGGCAACGACGCGGCAACGUUGAGUGGCGGCGUUGCCAGGCCGAAACCAGCUGUGCCCGAGCCCGAGAGUCAGCUGAUGGACGAUACCGUAAACAAUAGUGGUGGAUUAGCAAACCGCGUAACGCAUGAGUCAUCAUCUAUUAAAUUGCUAGAUGAGGAUAAUGAGGGGAAAUGGGAGAAGGUGCAGAGCCGUAAAAAACAACGAAAAUAUCGUUUUCAUGGCAAGUAUGGUGUUGCGCGGGACCUUCAAUGUAAUUUCAAAGCGGCAGAAAGGAAAGUUCCUGUCCUCAUUACAAACGUACAUAAGGAAACAACGGAAGAUGACAUUAUUCAAUACAUUUAUGGUCAAACAAAAGAUACAGUGUCGCUAAAAGAAAUAAACAUACAAAAACGGCGUGACUAUAAGGCAUACAAGAUGUACGUAUCUAAAAAUAAAUUACACAUGUAUUUGAAUGAGAAGUUGUGGCCUGAAGACAUUAUAUUCAGACGUUUUGUAAAUUAUACGAACGGAGGGAACUCUGUGACCGGCCUUGAAAUCAAGAAAAAUGAAUAAUACAAGUAAGGUGUGUACUUUUGCCAGUUUUAACUGCAAGUCGAUAAAGCGCUCCAUAGAUGGUGUGAGGGAGUUAUGUCGUACCUGUGACGUAAUAGCCUUACAAGAAACAUGGUUACUGAAAGAGGAUUUAUGUUACCUAAGCACUGUAGAUAGUGAGUUUGGGUUUACGGGAACUUCGGCCGUCGACACGUCAGUGGAAAUACUACGCGGUAGACCGUAUGGCGGAGUAGCGCUUUUGUGGAAACAUAGUGUUUUUUCUGAGGUGUCCGUGAUAAAAUGUGAUAAUAGUCGAGUGUGUGCAAUCAAGGUCGCCAUUAAAGAUCGUUAUAUAAUUGUAAUGAGCGUAUACAUGCCUACUAAUUCGGCUGUGAAUCUGUCGGAGUUCACGGACUGCCUGGGUACGGUGAGUGCAAUCAUAGAUGAAUAUGGCAUAGAAUCCGUUUAUAUUCUAGGAGAUUUUAAUGCUAACCCGGGGGAAUUAUUUUUCACGGAGCUAAUGGAGUUUUGUAGGGAACAGAACUGGUCUUGCAUCGA